GACUCUGUAGGAGGAAGAGAUGGGGAGCAUCAAUCCCAAAAGGAGGAGAGAAGAGAACAAUCCUGCUGUCUCCAGAGGAGGACACAGGCAGAUGAAAAGAAAGGAGGACGGUGGAGGAAGGAGAGGAGAGGAGGACGGCGGAGGGAGGAGAGGAGAGGGGGGAGAUCUAAAUAGGGGAGCAACAUCUCUUGACCAAAGAACCACCCACUCUAAUGGUUCCAAUGAGACAAGGAAGACACCAGAGGAAACAGAUGCUGAGUUUGUCGACAAAUUCAGGGCGAAGUUGAUUCAAAAUGUUACCACGGUGAUGGCUGUAGCAGAUGACCUGCUCCAUAGGGAUAUGAUGCAUGGAGAGAUGUAUGAUACAAUCAGAGACACCAAGCCCAGUCAGAACCAGAUGAGGGAGCUGUACAAAGUCUUAAACUCAGGGGGAGUUAAAGUCAAAUCAGCCUUCUACAAGAUCCUCCAGGAGAAAGAGAAUUAUUUACUCCAGGAACUGGGUGGAUCUUUGAACACUGGGCAGAUAAAAGUGGAUGAAGUCACAGAGAGAGUGAAAGAAAUCCAUAAAGCCAGGCUGAAGGACAAGUUUACAUUUCUGUGUGAAGGAACAGCAGAGGAACAGUCUCGACUUAAUAGCAUUUACACCCAGCUCUACAUCACACAAGGAGAGAGUGAAGGGGUUAAUACACAACAUGAGGUUAGACAGAUUGAAAAUACAUCUAGGAGAAGAAACACAUCUGACACUACAAUCAACUGCAAUGACAUCUUUAAACCCUCACAUGGAGAGAAAAGUGAAGAGGAGAGACCCAUCAGAAUUGUCAUGACAAAGGGCAUCGCUGGAAUCGGAAAAACAGUCUCAGUGCAGAAGUUCAUCCUGGACUGGGCAGAGGGAAGAGCCAAUCAGGAUGUGGAUUUUAUAUUUGUGUUUCCUUUCCGAGAUCUGAAUUUGAUUCAAGAUGAUCAGUACAGUCUUCAAGGAAUUUUUAAUUAUUUUCACCCUGAACUUAUAAAAUAUGCACACAGAUAUGUUGACUGUAAAGUCAUGUUCAUCUUUGACGGUCUGGAUGAAAGCAGACUUCCAUUAGCCUUUAAUAAGAAUAAGAAACUGAGGGAUGUAAAUGAGACAUCAUCAGUUGAUAGGUUGAUGACAAACCUCAUUGAUGGAAAUCUACUCCCCAAAGCGCUCAUAUGGAUAACCUCCAGACCAGCAGCAGCCAAUCAGAUCCCUCGUAAGUACAUCAGCAAGGUGACAGAAGUACAAGGGUUCAGUGACAAACAGAAAGAACAAUACUUUGAGAAGAAUGUCCAGGAUGAGAACCGGGCCAGGAGAAUCAUCUCACACAUUAAAACAUCAAGAAGCCUCCACAUCAUGUGUCACAUACCAGUCUUCUGUUGGAUUACUGCCAGGGUUCUUCAGCACAUGAUGACUGAAGGAAAGAGUGGAGAUAUCACAACUCUGACUGAGAUGUACACUCACCUCACACUCAUUCAGACAAAUCUGAAAAGCAUGAAGUACGAUGGCACAACUGAGGAUGAUUUGGACACAAUCACAGAAAGAAACAAAGAAAUAAUUCUCAAACUGUCACAACUGGCAUUUAAACAGCUGGUGAAGGGAAACAUCAUAUUCUAUAAGAAAGACCUGGAAGAGUGUAGGAUUGAUGUCAGUGAAGCUUCAGUGAACUCUGGAUUUUGCACAGAAAUUAUUAAAAAAGAGCAGGUGGUACAUAAGAGAAAAGUGUAUUGCUUUGUUCACCUGAGCUUCCAGGAAUUCCUUGCUGCUCUGUACAUUUUUCAGUGCUAUGUGAGUAACAAUUUGAUGGCUCUGGAGUCUUUCAUUGAAGAUGUGUCUUCUGAGCUGCCCUUUCAUGAGCUUCUGAGGAUGGUAGUGAAUAAAGCUUUGGAAAGUGAGAAUGGACACCUGGACCUGUUCCUCCGCUUCCUUGUUGGCAUCACACUGGAGUCCAACCAGAGACUGUUACAAGGCCUACUGCCACAGACAGAAAUCAGCUCAGAGACUGUUGAUGAAAUAAAGAAAUACCUCAGGAAGCCAAACGUAGAGCAAGUUUCACCUGACAGGUUCAUCAAUCUACUCAUCUGCUUGACUGAAAUGAAAGAUGAUUCAGUACAUGAGGACAUUGACAAGUUCCUGAAGUCUACAAAUCAAAGAGGACAACUGACAGGUACACACUUCUCAGCACUGGCCAACGCACUGCUGAUGUCAAAGGGUGUGCUGGAUGAGAUUGAUCUGAGGACAUACAACUAUUCACCUGGGUGCACGAGACUGGUCCCAGCUGUCAGGAAAUGUAGAAAGGCAAUACUGAUUGGCUAUCGACUAUCCAAGGAGGACUAUGAGUCACUGGCUUCCAUCCUCCAAUCAGAGGAUUCACCGAUGAGAGAACUGGACCUGGAGGACAUCGGCGAUCCUGAUCCUGAUGAGGACGGAGAUGAAGAAGAGGCCCGUCUGACUGUACUCCUCGAUGCUUUGAAACAUCAAGACUGUAAACUGGAGACACUGAGACUUGGUCACUUUAAACUCUCGAAGGAGGACUGUGGAUCACUGGCCUCAGCUCUCCAAUCAGCAGACUCACCUCUGAGAGAACUGGACCUGAGGAACAGUGAGCUGUCUGAUGACGGGAGUAAAGUUUUUACUGCACUGAAGCAUCCGCUCUGUAAACUACAGACAUUGAGACUUGGUGACUUUAAAGUCUCUGAAGAGGACUUCGGAUCACUGGCCUCUGCUCUCCAAUCACCAGACUCUCCUGUGAGAGAACUGGUCCUGAGGAAUUGUAAGCUGUUUGAAGAUGGGGGAAAACUCUUUCAUUCUCUGAAACAUCAACACUGUAAUCUACAGACACUGAGGCUGAAUAGGUGUUACCUGACAAAGAGAUCUUGUGAAGCGUUGGCCUCAGCUCUCAGUUCAAAUUCCUCUCACCUGAAAGAGUUGGACCUGAGUCACAAUUACCUGCUGGACUCUGGAGUGAAGCUGCUCUCUGUGGGAUUGGUGCAUCAGAACUGUAAAGUGGAACAACUGAGGCUGUCAUUCUGUAGAGUCACAGAGGAAGGCUGUGCUUCUCUGGCUUCAGCUAUGAGGUCAAAUCCCUCCCACCUGAGAGAACUGGACCUGAGCUUCAAUCACCCAGGAGACUCUGGAGUGAAGCUGCUCUCUCAUAGACUGGAAGAUCCUGACUGUAGACUGGAGAAACUCAACGUGGACCAUAAUGAAGAGUUCUGGGUGAACCCACAGCUGAUGAAGAACUAUUACUUUCAUCUCACUCUGGACCCAGACACAGCGGGUAGAAACCUCUCUUUGUCUGAGGGGACCAGGGGGUUUAAGUUUGUGGAAAAGGAGCAUUCGUAUCCUGAUCACCCAGACUACAGGGGCCAUGUGCUGUGUAGAGAGGGUCUGACUGGACGCUCAUACUGGGAGGUGGAGAUGAAGGGGUGGCCUGAAAUAGCAGUGACAUAUAAAGACAUCAGCAGAAAGGGAGCCAGUCCAGCCACUGAGUUUGGAUUCAGUGACAAGUCCUGGAGUCUGAUGUGCAGGGAAGACUUUUAUUCCACCUCCCACAAUAGUCAGUGGACUUAUAUACCUGAUUUCCACUUCCUCCCCCCUCCUCAACCCCAGAGAGACCUGACCUCCUCACCUCCUCCCUCCUCUCCUCCUCCCUCCAGAGUGGGAGUGUUUCUGGACUGGCCGGCCGGCACCCUGUCCUUCUACUAUGUAAACUCUGACACAAUGACCCACCUGUACACAUACCAGACCACAUUCACUGAGCCCCUCUACCCAGGGUUUUCGGUGGGUGUGGGUGAUUCAGUGACCCUUGUGGAAUCUGUGUCUCCAUGA